UAAUGAGUGAGGGAGGCGACCGAGCCGCGUGCCAGGAGAUCAACGGCUACACGCACGUAGAUCGAACGGUCAUCGAGGCGGCGGAUGUAUCGCGCGGAUCCGCCGGUGGACGCGUAGCGUCGCCCGUCCAGUAGUGUAUAUCUUGAUUGAUGAUUUCUUAACGCCUGUGUACAUCGCCUGCGUUUCAGCUGGAAAAACAUGACUUUUCUUCUCUGUGUUUGACCACUAUACUACUCCUGUUGUCCUUUCUUGACUUUGUCAGCAUUUAGGCCUAACCUAUAAAAAUAAAACCCCUCACAACUUGCAUGUUUCUACCCGAAUACCCAAAUACCCAAUCACAAACAACAGACGUACACGUAUCACCAUAAGCUGCAAACAUGUCAGCUCUAGCUCUAGCUCUAGUACUGCUCUGCUCGGCGACGAUCAUGGUGGCGCCGGCGGCGGCGGACGUGGAGUCCCACAGCUUCCCCGUCUUCAACGUCACCACGACCGAGAGCCUCUGGGUCGCCACGAACAUGUCCAUCGUCAUGCCCGCAGCGCUCCUCUUCAUGCCCGAGCAGCCGCUUCCCGAGGUCAACGUUUCCGAGGGGUUUCUGCUGCUCCCCAAGAGGAUCGACGUCUGGCGCGCCGGCGCCGGCGCGCUGCCGACACGCGAGGCGUCCUUCAACACGAGCUUCACGGUGGAAAGCUCUGCCCCUCCCGUCUCGUUCGUCCUCCUCCUCGACAGGUUCCCGACACUCAACAACCCCUUGGGCCUCCGCGGCGCUAACGACUCGUGGACGGGCGCCGCGCCCAACGCCACGGACGGCCUCACCGCGGUCGAGGUCGGCACGGUGAGGUCGUACGCGCCAGAGUCCCCGAACGUCGGCCUCAACGUCACCAUCACGCCCAACGGCACCGCGGCGCCUGGCCGCCGCGCCGUGUGGGUCGAGUACAACGCCGUCAAGCACCUCCUGCGCGUGUACGUCGCCGCCGGUGGGGAACCGAGGCCAGCCAGAGCGCUCCUCGACGCGCGGCUGUCCCUCGCUGGCCAAGGCACCACGCAAACCGCGUUGGUUGGCUUCUUCGCCGCCAGAGUCCGCGAUAUCUUCCUCGGUGUUCGUGAUUGGGACCUCAUGGUGGACAGGCUCAACACCAACGGCAAGAAGAAGGGAACGUCCUGGUGGGUGAUACUAAUCGCGGUGCUCGGGUCCGUAGCCGCCACAGCCGCCAUCAUCUCUCUGGUGGUGUGCUCCUUUGUAUCGAGGCGGCGGGCGCGCGAUAUGGAACCCAAGCAAUAGUCUAUACAGACUUGUCACGUGCGUGUGACGUCUAUCUGCAACUCUGCAAACUACUCUGUUUUUAGUUUUUAUGUUACUUCCAAGCUUGAAAUUCAAAUUUAACGAGUGAAGAGAGCGUACGGCACUUUUCUUUUCCUACUUAAAAA